AUGUUUUUACCACCUAAACCGCAUAAAAUUGAUUACAUUAAGGAAAAUAAAAGAAAAUUAAAGGAAAUAUCAAGUAUGGUUAAUCAAAACAGGAGCAGAUCUAGAAUAAGUAUGACAAAAUCGAAAAACUCUCAAAUUGAAAUCAGCAAGUAUGUAUAUUCUUCGAGUGCUCUUAGAGAAAACAAACAUUUAUCAAGUUCGAGAAGUAAGUUAAGUACCAAAGGAUCAAUGGCGAUAUUCAUGCAUGAAAAAAGAGAUAAGGGAAGUGUAAGCAAUGCUUCUUUGUCAAGUAAAAGAAAAUCAUCUCAUAAAUCGAUAUCAGUGAAAAAUCAAAGUUGUCAAACAAUUGAUCCAAGAAGAUGUGAUCAAUUAUUCUAUGAUGGUGUCAUUAAAUAUCCAUCAAACAAAAUUUUACUAGAGUUAGCAGAAAUAGAAAAACAAAAGGCUAAUAGAUUAGAUGCUCAUAUUAAAAAGGAAUUUUUCAAAAGGAAUAAAGUGAAGCUAAAAAAUCCCAAUAAAAUACCCAUUUUAUCAAAGGGUAAAAACAAAGAUUCUGAGAAAGGUGAUGGAGGAGGAGAAGAGCAUCCCGAAGAACCUGAAGAUGAAGAUGAGGAGGAAGAUGAAGAUAAUGAUAAUGAUGAUGAUGAUUAUGAAGAAACUGAAAAUCAAAAUGAUAAAGAAAGUGUUAAAAAUGAGAAUGCAGUAAACAAUUCGUUAGUUACCUCGAAGCAACCAAAAGGAUCACCUCCUGUUUUGACUAUGUGUGCUGCUGAUAUAAUAAGGAAAACGACAGAAAAUUUUAGCAGUCCUAAAAAGGAAAUAUUAACAGAUGUUCAUACACCUAAUAAUAAAGGAGAUUCAAAAGUUGUUAAAAAAUUAUCAAAAGAAGAACAAGAAGCUUUGAAGGUACCAUUGGAUCCCAAUUGUCCACCAGGUCAUAUUCCUUUACCUGAUGGAGACAGAAAAAAAACACUUCACAUGUUAAGAGUUAGUCAUGUAGAAUUAGUAAGAGAAAUGAAUUUAUUACCAGUGAGAACGGAUACUUUAAGAGUAAGGCAGAGAAAAAUGCAAUUAGAAGCACAGCUAAAUAAAAUAGAAGAGGGUAUUAAAGUAUUUAAUAAAUCUAAAGUUUAUGUUAAAAUUGAAGAGUGA